UUCAAAAGUCAAAAAAUUUCCCGCCUGCAAAUUGCAAUCUUUCAAUUGACGACAAUUUCAAACAAUCGAAAGAAACUGACCAAGUUUGUAGGUAUUUAUUUUCAAAAUACAUAGGCAGGUAACAAAUUCAUCAUUACUUCCCAAUAGUCCAAGAACAAAAUUUAUUCAGAUCAGCUAAAAGAAGCUCAAGUUUUAUUAAAAUGUGGAAUGAUCAAUCAGUAGCUGGGGGUGGAUUUUUCAACACACAAAAUCAAUUUGGAAAUGUUAACACUCCAAACCAAGCCCAAAAAUCGGGAAGAAGAGCAUCACGAACAGCUCCUAUUGUGAUCAAACAAGCUUUGCAUAGUGGAGAUGAUGGAGUGAAGAUAUGGGGUACGGAAAUCCAAAUUGUUUCAAUAGUAGCUCGCAUAAGGAAUAUAAGAGUUCAAAGUACCAAAAUAACAUACACAAUACAAGAUAUAACUGGGAGAAUGCGAGCAGUGCUGUGGCUCGAUAUGGAAGCAAUGGAUGAAGAUGAUAAAUCAGCUCCAAAAGUGCAAGUUAAUGAUUACAUACAAGUCUAUGGAAAUGUUAAAGCGAAUAAAGGUAAAAAAGUUCUAAUGGCAUUCAAAAUAAUGCCAAUCACCGAUGUAAAUGCUAUAACUUUUCACUACCUACAGUGUAUUAAUAAUAAACUGAAGAUGGAAGCUGAUUCCAAGAAGGAAAAAACUGAAACAAAUUCUACAUUUACAAGCGGUUUGCCAGCAAAUUCCAUGGUUGGGAUGGGUGAUAAUGCCUCUGUGAACGGAUUAAAUCCACGACAAAUGAUGGUCUACAACCUUAUAAGGGCUUCCACGCAGGAGCAGGGUAUCAGUAAACAAGACAUGUUUGCUAGUCUCAAGGAUAAGAUGUCUCACGUUGAAUUUGAAAAUACCCUGGAAUGGAUGUGUGGUGAAGGGCAUAUAUAUUCUACUAUUGAUGAGGAACAUUUCCGUGCUACAGAUGCCUAAUACUAUAAAGUUGUGAUAAAAUGUAUUUUUGUAAACUAGAGAAAUAAACACUUUACUCUGCAA